UUGCGGCCACCAUUUGCAGGAAUCGGGAAAAAUAAAAAUUGGGAUUAUUCCAGGAAUUCUUGGUUACCAAAAGGAUAUCACUUGGAUGAUUUGUGGAUAUGAAAAUUGGAAUCAGUUAAGAAAUACCAUGUGUAUUCCUUAUCUUUCCUGAAAUGGAUUGUACGUAGAAGAGGAUUUUCCGAACGACGCAAGGGAACACCUAACACACUCUGGGAUCGCCAUUUUGCUUUUGAAGGUGAAAGGGGAAGUGAAGUCCUGCAUGGUGAGAGGAGGUCUAAUGGACGUCCUGGGAGAAACUGAAGCCCUGCAACAGUUCUUUGACGGGCAGGAUGUCAUUGACGUGGUGGAUACCAGCAUGCUGGAGCAGUAUCUUGGCAUCGACAUGGAGCCCAGCAACUUCAUGCUUCCAGAGUCUCCGCCAGACUCGGGAUCAGAGCCCUGCUCUCCACCUCAGAUGAAUGAUGUGCACUCAGCGACAAACGGAUGGUCAGAUGGCCAUCAGCUCUGCCAGGAGUCCCUCCACCCUGCCACAGCCCGGCCUCCAGCUGUCUCCUGCAGGUUAAAAGAGCGUCCAGAGGCCCCCUAUGGAGCACCCCAGAACCACCACCACCACAGCCAGCACAACCAGCCCCAUCAUAACCCACACAACCAGGGCCAGCCCCAGCCCCACGCCCAGCCUCAUCCUCAUCCUCACCACCUACACCCGCACCUCAACACCCACCUGCAAGGUAGCAGUACGCACCCCCACCACGCAAGUCCUGCUCGCGAAUCAUCACCCAUCCACCACCCGCAGUACAGGAGCCCUGCUGUGGCGGACGGCUACAUCCAUACCCAGACUCCUCCCCUUGUAGCGCGGACGUCCCCACUGGGACACGAGGCCAUUGAGCUGCCCCAGUGUAUGGGCCCUCAGGUGGGGUACCCCAGCAGGACUAAUGGGCCGCAUGCACCACCAUCCACCUCGGCCUUGACAUCGGCCUCUGUCUCUGUCUCUGCAUCGGCAUCGCCAUCCUGUCUUGUUCAGAGUCCGGUACAAGGAGGGCCAGAGACAGACUACCCAUUCUUGCAGCACAGCUCGUCUUCUGGACAUCAGCUUGGGUCUGCCCUGAAUGACAGCAAGAAGAGGAGGCGGUCGGAGUCCUUUGAGGCGGCUGCGGACAAUAGGCCGUGGGGGGUAUCUGUCUGGACCAAGGCCCCGCACAUGGGCGGGGCAGAGGGGGCCAGCUGUGAGGUGCCAGCCUAUGACAGCGAUGCGGCAGGCGGCCAGGGGGCCUAUCAGCUGCUGUCCUGGGACCAGCACCAGCCAGAACAGUGGUGCACCCUCUACAACCACAACUACGAUUACCUCCCAGCUCCUGGCUACCACGUGGAUACAGAUAAGGGCUUCAACUACUCCACCGCCGACGAGGCCUUCGUCUGCCAGAAGAAGAACCACUUCCAGGUCACAGUUCACGUUCGGAUGGUGGGGGAAGCCAAGUAUGUCAAGACACCCAAAGGCCCAGCGCCCAUAGACAGCUUCCACAUCAGCGUCUUUGGGAUGAGGAUGGAGGCUCACAAUAAUGUCAUCACCAUCGAGCAGUCCCAGUCGGACCGCAGCAAGAAGCCCUUCCUGCCAGUCAAUGUAAAUCUACCAGGAGAUAAGAUCACCAAGGUAACACUGGGGCGGCUGCAUUUCAGUGAGACCACAGCCAACAACAUGAGGAAAAAGGGCAAACCAAACCCCGACCAGAGGUAUUUCCUGAUGGUGGUUGGCCUAUAUGCAUCUGUGAGGGGAAAAAGCCAUCUGGUGGUGGCUCAUGUAUCGGAGAGGAUCAUAGUCAGGGCCUCGAACCCGGGCCAGUUUGAGAACGACAGCGAGGUGCACUGGCAGCGGGGGCAGGUGCCCGACUCGGUGGUGUGCCAGGGCAGAGUGGGCAUCAACACAGAGACCCCCGACGAGGCGCUGGUGGUCUGUGGAAAUGCCAAGAUCAUGGGCUCUGUCAUGCACCCCUCAGACAAGCGCGCCAAGCAGAACAUUCAGGAGGUGGACUCCACAGAGCAGCUGAGGAGGAUAGCACAGAUGAGGAUUGUGGAGUUCGACUACAAACCCGAAUUUGCCGAAAAGAUGGGGAUCGAGCACGUUCAUGAAACAGGUGUGAUUGCGCAGGAGGUGAAGGUGGUGCUGCCGAACGCUGUCAAGCAGGUGGGAGACGUCACCUGCACGGAUGGAGAGAAGAUCCCCAACUUCCUCAUGGUGGACAAAGAGCAGAUCUUCAUGGAGAACGUAGGAGCUGUGAAGCAGCUUUGUAAGCUGACAGACAACCUGGAGACGCGUAUUCAGGAACUAGAGGUGUUGAAUACCCGGCUGUCCAAGACGACUCCGCCCUCGACGAUCAGCGCUGCCUCUCGACCAGUCAUCGUGAAAACUACAACCUCCACACCCAUCCCCACUAAAGGGAAAGUGAACAAACUCCACACUGUUCCACCCCCACCACGAAAGCCCUCGCCAUUUGCGUCAGUCACGACGUACAUUGGUGAGAAGUACAGAGACUGCUGUCGCCACCGAGCAUUUCAGGCCGGCAUCCUCACCGUGGUCGCCAUCUUGGCUUUCUUGGUCAUAUCCAUUACUACCAUGUAUUUGCUGACAUUAGAUGAUGAAAACUGUGAUCUUGGUGGCGGUCCACUGGAACCACUUGAACCUGUACCAAGUUCAGGGCCCACUGCGGGACCCCCGGAAGUAGAUGUGUGUAGCUUCCUGUUAGACUGUGACCAGGUCUACUGCUGCCCGCCUGACCCAGGGAAACAGGAGCAGGACCGGGACAGGUCUACCAGUCCUGCCAAAUUCAUCACCACUGCACCGCCCCGGAACAGCACCACACCACCAACAACAGUUGCGAGUGAAACUCCAAUGACAACUCAAAAUCAAACCACACAAGAGCCGGACCCAACUCUGCAGUUCAUCAUGGUAAUGCCAAGUGAGCAGGAGAUUGACCAGCGAUACUGUUUGCAAGGCUGGUGUAGGCCUGGAAGUCACAUCUACUCCAUCCCCAUCAGCAAGCUGGUGCCUGACAACAUGCGCAUCAGUCUACUGAUGAAGUCCGCACAACCUCUGGUUGUCCACAAGUGCUAUGAUGACGAGACGGACACAUGCGACACAGUCAUGACCAUGAAGGAGGAGGAACGAUUUACCACCAGCGAGGGCAACACGACUGGUACUCUGCAUGAAUGGAUCUUGCCAGUUGCUCGCCUUCAAGAAAGUGCUUACUCAUUUCGUGCCACCCUACCUGGGAAAGCAGACUGCAGUACCAGCUACAGCUACGCCGGGACGCUGUUCACAGAUUACCACUUCCACUUCUACCGCCGGUGUGAAUAAGGCAACGCUCAACACAACAGCCCCCACACCCUCACAACACUACUGUCCCUCCACUACGUACUAUGCCGGGAGUUUUCUGAAAUAUUGAAAACCUGACAUUUCAGACACCCACAACACCUUUGUAAUGGGCUAGAGAUGUAUCUUGUUUUUGACAUUCUUAGUAUUCUUUUCUUAAAGUCUGGAGCCAUAAUAAACCAUCGGGCGAGCCUUAUCAUGGCCCCGAGCCUUAUCAUGGCCCCGGGCCUCAUGUUAGACUCCCCUGCACUAUGUCUUAUGAGUGGACCCAAUGGCUUCUUCAUGAAUGCCAAAGAUAGAGUGAGAUUUAAUAAGACAAAGCUCAACUCUCCUCAUUACCUGCACACAUUGUCCCUGCCUGCCCGCUGUCUCAUGUCAGCUGGGGGGUUCUUCACAUGCCUGGCCUGGGCCAAAAAGCAAGCCAAGACCAGUCCACUAGACAUUGAGAAAGACAAUGAAGCCAGUGGCAACAUUUUUCCUUAUCUAAAUUGAGUUAUUUUAACCACAGCAGUCCAAAUUAAUAUUUACAGUAAAUCUGACUCGGAGAGGUUUGCUGGUAGUGGUAUGAGGACUGGUGACAUUAUACAUAAUAAAAAGGGAUGGCCAGGCCAAAACUCAUCAAUAGUCCACCGGGCAAAUGCCCUGUAUGCCCUAUGGCAUUCUUCAUGAAUGUCAGGAGAGGCGAGGAGCAAUCGUUUCUAUUGUCUUGAUGUUUGAUGUAUUCCACUUGAAAUUUUGAUUCGUUAUGUCAUUAUUUUAUUGUAUAGUGAUUCACUUUCUUUUUCAAAGUCAGAUGAACUUGCAGUUUCUCCUCCUUCUCCUGUGUAUUUAUGAAUAUAGUACUACUGUUUAUUUGUAGUGUGCCGUAUUUCAAUUUUUUUCUUCUUUUGCACUGUUUUGAAAAAAGAAAAAAAAAAGAAAAAAAAAGACUGCAACUGAUGACUUUGGUGAUUUUUUAAAUGUAAACAGAAAUGAACAUUUUUUUUCUUCAGGGCUCAUGUACACUUGACUAUAUUGCAUGUUAUAUAUUGAUCCAUCGUAACUAUAUAAAAGACUGUCUGGUGUCUGUUUCUCAAGACCUCACCUCACCUAUACACCAUUGAGAGAUGACUAGCACUUUGAACCACAUUAUCAUUGGCAGGUGGAAUGAACGAAUGAAUGAUUGAAUGAACGAAUGAAUGACUGAAUGAAUGAUAGAUUCUAUAGACUAGACAUAGAAAGAAUGACCGAAAUGCAUUUUAUUGUUUUUUUUGUAGUAUUCACUGUGUUUUAACUUUAACUCUAAAUCUUCUAUUAAAAAUAUGUUCAACCA